AAGCUAUCGUCUUUCUUUCUGGAUAUUUCCUAAUAAUAUUAAUAAUGAUUAUGUAAAUUAUAUGUUUCGUGUGCAUUCGGUCGUUAAUGAUGACAGUGGAAAACGAAACAUCGAUACAUUUUCUCAAUAAUCCGAUGUUUUUGUGAAUAUAAACGGUUGUGGAUCAAAGAUAUCUUAACGAAGACUGUCAGCCGACGGCGGUUUUGACGUUUUAAACAUGAAAGCCAAGUCUCUCCACAGGGAUUAUCUUAUUCUUUUUAAUGUCGUUGCGUGUUUGUUGGAAGGAUUGUGUGCUUUAGAUGCUUCAAGAACCAUUACGAUUCCUUUGAGGAAGUAUAGGGAUACACAUGUUAAGACGAAAGAGAAGAGAGAUUUACCAGACGUUAACCCAAAAUAUCAUGACAAUUUAUCUGGUCGUCCAGGCCAAGGGUAUUAUCUGGCUAUUCAACUUGGAACUCCACCGCAGUCGCUCAAUGUUCUUGUGGAUACUGGAAGCAGUAAUUUUGCAGUGGGUGCAUCAAAACAUGAAUAUCUUCCAGCAUAUUUUCACCGAAAGAAAUCUUUAACAUACCGAAGUGAAGACAGAGAUGUGUCUGUUAUGUAUACACAAGGACGCUGGGAAGGUAGCCUUGGUUCUGAUAUAUUACGUUUUGUUGAUGGUCCAAAUGCAACAGCCCGUGUUGAAGUUGCAAGUAUUCUUAGUUCUGAACAAUUCUUUAUAAAUGGAUCAAUGUGGGAAGGGAUUCUUGGUUUAGCAUAUUCACGAUUAUCAAAGCCUGAUUCAAGUGUUGUCCCAGUUUUUGAUCAAUUUGUUGGAGAUGGCAUUGUGCAAGAUUCAUUCUCAAUGCAGUUAUGUGGUAGUAGUGAACUGGAUCCUAUAGCUGACCCCACUGUUGCUGGUACAAUGGUAUUUGGUGGAAUUGAUAGUAGUUUAUAUGAUGGUGAAAUGUUGUACACACCUAUUGUAAAAAAGUGGUACUAUGAAGUGGUUAUUACUGACAUUGCAGUCAAUACAAUGCAAGAAAGUCUCGGCUUAGAUUGUAAAAAGUAUAACUAUGACAAGACUAUUGUUGACAGCGGGACAACACAUUUACGUGUAUCAGCAGAUGUAUAUGAUGGUAUUCUUGCAAAAAUUAAGAAAUACGACAAGCUUCAAGUUCCAGAUGACUUUUGGAAUGGUAAACAGAUGAUGUGUUGGACAGAUGAUCGGACGCCUUGGAAUAAAUUUCCUGACAUUUACAUUUCACUGUUGCUUUCUACGACUAGUUCAAAAUACUUCACGCUUAAAGUUCCACCCCAGUUAUAUUUACGAGAGACAAUAGAAAGAGGCUUGUUCGAUUCUCAACGUUGUUACAAGUUUGCUAUUACUAAAGCCGAAAGAGGUACUGUCAUUGGUGCGGUCAUAAUGGAAGGUUUUUAUGUUGUUUUUGAUCGACAAAACAGUCAAGUUGGUUUUGCAUCGACGACAUGCGGAGCCGACGGUAGACCAAAUCCGCAGUCUCAAGUGUUGGGUCCAUUUUCAAGAGAUCCAGUUGAUUGUCAGUAUAUAGAGUCUGAAAGCUCGGACGCAGCUUUAUUGACUGUUGCAUACGUCAUGGCAGCCGUGUGUGUGUUAUGCUUACUGCCAAUCUCGGUCUUACUCAUUCAAGCAAGUCUUCAAAGACGUAAUAAUAAUAGACUUCAAGCACAUAAUGAGAGUCCAAAGACCAAGCGUGCUGAUUUUCUGGAAGAUGAUGAGAGGCAUAACAGUAGUUUAAUAAAAGACUGAUAAUAUACCGACUGUUU